CGCCUCUUGUAUCGUCGCUCGCGCGUUUCUGCUCGUCUCCCCAUGGCUGCCUCUGUGGAUUUCAAAACCUAUGUGGAUCAAGCUUGUAGAGCAGCAGAUGAAUUUGUCAACAUUUAUUAUGAGACAAUGGAUAAAAGAAGAAGGGCUUUAACAAGACUUUAUCUGGACAAAGCAACACUAGUUUGGAAUGGGAAUGCAGUGUCUGGGCAAGAGGAGCUGAACAAAUUUUUUGAAAUGUUGCCGUCUAGUGAGUUCCAGGUGAAUGUGUUGGACUGCCAGCCCGUUCACGAGCAAGCUACGCAAGGCCAGACGACAGUGCUCGUGGUGACAAGUGGGACAGUAAAAUUUGAUGGUGACAAGCUGCGCAGCUUCAACCAGAACUUCUUGCUGACAGCACAGGCCACACCCACCAACACAGUGUGGAAGAUUGCCAGUGACUGUUUCCGCUUUCAGGACUGGGCCAGUUAGUGAGGAUUGGCUGUGGGAAGUGACCUCUCCCUCCACAGAUUGAAGUUAGCCCUAUGGACAGCUGUGCUCCGCGGAUGGGACGUGCUCACUCUUCCUGCCGCUUCUGUCAUGGAAGGUCUACAGAGGUUUCAGGGUUGAUCCCAGUGACCAAGGGUUUAGUAGUAAACAGUCUUCAAAUGUGAGAGGUUGCUUGUCUUAGUUGAAAGUAAUGAAAUGCUGAGGGCAGUGAGCUGUGUUGGAAUCAUUCCUAAAAUGCCUUACAUGCAGCUAUGCUGCUACUUCCAGACUUCUUGUAUGGAAUGCUGAAACUCUCCUAUUUGAAAACAAAAUCCUCUUAAUCUAAAAUUCUGACCAAACGAGUGAUUCCUUUUCAACUUGCAAAGAUCUGGUUUUACAAUAGUAUCUUCCUUCUUUGGAGGAAGAUGCUUGUGGCACGCAGAGAGAAUUAUCAAAGCUGCCUACUCCUCAUUGUAAGAGGGUAGGAAAGAUUGAUCAUGAUUUAUACUGUUUGCAAAAGUAGCAAAUACAGCUCCUGAGUGUGUAAUCUCUCAAAUACAGUUAGUCCAUUCUCUGAUGUGAAAGGACUAAAUAACCUCAUCAGGCUUCCCUUUGGUUUAAGCUUCUCAGGCUUUGGUUAUAGUUAAUUUACAUUGAUUUAUAUGUAGGGCAUGCUGAAUGAUUCAGAGCUCCCAUGCCAAUAACUAUUGUCACUUGCACGUGAAGGACUUCAAAUUGAUUGUUUUUCUUUUGAAGUCUUACCGUGCAAGAAAUAGGUCAGUUACACGAUCUCUGUUUGCUUUAACUGUUAAUUCUGUUGCUAUGAAGUCUGGACAUGUUUUCUCAUAUUCAGUCUGCAAGUUACGAAUACCUACUGUCUUUCCAGGAAACGUAAAAAAAGUGGCACUGAAAGUAUGUAUUACUGUGAAGCCUUCAAUUUUUCUCUUAGUACUGUUACUCAGAACAGGUGCUUUGGUUAUUUUCAACUCAAAACCUGAAUGCCAUCUUCCUCUCAUACAGAUUUUCACUGUAGUUUUCAUGUUAUUUUUAAAUAUUACCUUGAUGGUUGGGGGGGGAGGGGGGUGUCUUGCUUGUAGUUUAAGGCUUUCAACUGCUUUAAAAUAGGUUUCAAGACUGCAGGUUGAGAUUUUCCAUCUUAACUUGGGAACUUAAAGAGUAAAUCUAAGUAUCACCAAAUUUGUUUCGAACUGGUACGUUUCCAUUUUAAGCUGACUUUAAAAAAUACCUGAAUUUAAGCUGAAUUUUAAAAAUUUAAAAAAUUUUAGUUAAUUUAGUUAAAUAUGUGACUACAUUUGCUUGUAACUGUAAAAACAUGAGGGGAUCUUGUAACUCUGAUCUUACUACCUGUUGCAACAACAGCAGCAGCCUGGAUACAAAAGCAGUUCUGGCUUCUUCUGUCUUGUUUUUUGACUUAAAUUGGGAAAACUGUGAAAAUGAGCAAUAUCUGACUUGUGUAAAACCCCUCCAAACAUCUGUACGAUCCCACAAACAACGGGACACUGAGGUGAAAGGGGUGGCUUUGUUUCCACUUAAGGCACUCUAGGCUUUAUUUAAACAAAUAAAACUGUCCCUCUUCAAAAGCUGUUCUGAACUAUUGUGUAACUACUUUUCAUCCAGAAUUUCAAUUCCUGCAAAACAGUGUGAGAAGUCCAGAGUUUUUGAAAACUGUAAAUACUGUAAAUACAGCUUUAUUUCUGUAUGUAGUGAAGAAAGGAGCGCUCUAUUUAAUUACUGUUUGUUCCUAACAGAAUAUGUGAGGUUCAUAUAUUUGUAUUUCUUCUACAAGUUUGGAAAGAAAGCUUAACCCUGAGUUUGCCCAUUACUGAUACAGCAUUGCUGAACUGUGAGCCAGCGUGGUGUGCUUUUCUGGGGUUUAAUUUACUGUUGAUUUUAUGAGUAGUGUUACAGAUCUGCUUUGUGUACGUAAGAGGUUUUGUCCUUUGAAAUGUAGUGAUGGGUGUAACUGUAGCAUUUGCGUGUUGAACUUUGAAGGCAGUCAUCAGAACACACACUUGUAUCUGUGCCUGAUAAGCUUGUCCUGGGAGUAAGAACUUACUGGAUAUUUUUAUUUUUUUAAUUUGUAUAGUAGUUUUUAAGCUCUUUCUAGGCAGAUUCAGUCAAAUGUUAUUCUUGUCAAUUUUCUUGCUGUUCAAGUGCAGACUGCUUUUAAAUCUGCUUUCUGCAAUUAAUACUAAAAUCAAAACAAAGCAAAUGAAGAACCACUACGUAAGACCAUUUAGGAAGAUUACUAUCAGGCCUAGCUGGACAAACCCAGUUUAAAUACUUACUUAGUAAGAUGCGUAGCUGAAAUUGAACUUGGUAAGCAUACAGGGGUUUGUGGAGAGAGAUUUACUAGAACAGAAUUGCUUUAGCCUUGGGAGAAGUGCCCGUUUUAAGCUGCUUACUUCCAGUCACUUAGGGCAGUUCAGUACUACCAUGAUUAGUUGUUGCUCUUUAUGACUGAAAAUGUUGGUUUACUCCAUAAAAAUAUGGAGCCUACAGAAUGAUCAUACAGCUAUGGGAUUAAAUCAGUUAUUUUACAACUGAGUCAUUAAUGGCAUAAAUGAAAAAUCUCUUCUACACUAUCAGGAGAAGUUAAAGGUGCUGCAACACUAUUCUGCUUGUUAGGGCUUCUGUGCUGAAAUGAGCAGGAGAAAACAAACAAGUGCUUUAUAUGUUAUUCAGUACAAAACCAUCUGACAGCUUUAGUGCUCCCUGUUGCUGACUCUGCUCUGAUAGCCAAAUUUACAGUGAGCAUCUAUAAAGUGAACAAGUUUAUGCUCUAAACUGUAACCAGGAUUUGUUAAUGCCAUUUUUUUUUGCUGUUUGACACCAAGUUACUUGUGUACAACCAAUCAGUGAAACAAAGCCAGCUGAAAAGCUGAGCACUUCCACAUACUAAACUGUGGCUACUGAAGACUUGAUAGAUCUCUUGUGUAUGCUCUCUUGUAUUACAAGUCACUGUUUUUAUGUUGCUUUGGUCUUUUGGCAUACUAAAGUUAAAUGGACUCAAAAUACUUGUGCUGUUCCCUGAAAUGGAGAAAAAUUAUUUGUUCUGAUGGUGUGAACGAUUUGUUUGAUGAUUUUGAUAUGCCUACACUUCCUUAUCCUGAUGGGAGAAAAGUACAUUAUAAAGAAAUGCUGUUUUAUCAGUAAAGUAACU